ACAGUGAAGCUGAAUACGACCCACGUUGGUUACAGAUUUAGAUUUUUAUUGUUUCACAUCACUUCAGUUUAUAUUUCUAUGUUCCACACGAAUGCUUGUAUUUUCAAACAUUUUCGCAUAAUUCAACACUUAACGACGUUACAUUAUUGGUCCAUUUUACUAUUACAUAAGCUGUGUUUUUUCUCAGAGUAGUUUCGUGUUAGCUGUACCUACUUCAAAAACGAUACAAAAAUGAUGCGACAUUGGUCUACUUUACUAAUAAUAUUGAUUGCAUGUGCAUCAUAUUCUCUUGGAGUGCUGAUCUCUUACCCACAUAAUUCUGUGGUAAAUUUCAGUCCAGGAGAAAACAUUUCUCUCACCUGUUCCGGAUUAGAGGAAGUUCAGUGGGAAGUCGAUAGCCCACCUUUGGGUGUGUAUUCAGUACGAGUAGAGACUCCAAAGAGAAAAAUUCUUGAGAUAGUAAACGCCACUACUGAUAACACUGGAGUGUACAAAUGUUAUCCAAUCAAACGCAAGGUCGAGUUCUCGAAAAUUUACCUUUCUGCUGUUUCAGUUCGGCCUGAAAAAUCCGAAAAUAAUGCAACAACAUCAGCGCCCCCUUCUACUGUUCGACCUGAAAAAUCAGAGAAUAAUGGAACAGCACCAGAACCAUCAAAAGUCAAUUAGUGAUUUUUGUAUUAAGUGGAUCAAAAUUUAAAAAUAUUAUCCUAUCAAACCAUGAACUUUGAAAAUAUGUAAAAUCAAAUUAUAUGUAUUAUACUUCGAUAAUCAUAAAAUUCUAUUUAGCUA